CAGGAAAUUGGAAAUCAGGGAUGGAUUUAUAUUUGAUGCUCUGUGUAAUUAUUUAGACAUUCCAAGUGCAUUCUUCUGUGUUUACCCAAAGUGAGCCUCAGUCUAAAGUGAAUCAGGAAAAAGUCUGUAGUGAAAUCUUUUGGAGUUUUGAAUCUUAACAACAUCUCACCAGCCUCCUUUACCAAAUAUCUGGGCUUGAGUGCUACUAGAUUCUACCAUGACAAGGUUUUUCAGGGAUAAAUUCUUGCUCUCAAGAUGAGGGCUUAUCUCUGAUAUAAGAUCUGGUGUUAAUCCUUGUCUAUUUCAUCCUCUGUACCAGGAGAGAUGGAUAAACAGGCUAAACAAAAGCAAACCUCUAGCACAGAAUUGUCGGAUGAUUUUGAUGUGAUUGUGAAUGAAAUCAAUGACUUUAUUGCUAUUUUAGAGGAGCGAGGACAGCAGAGGGAAGAGGAAGAAAAAGCUGUCAAACAGCAGGCGGACUGCCCCACCCUAGGGGAUCACAAGCCUGAGGGGGAGGCAGAGGAAGGGGGGGUACUCACAGGGGAAUCAGAAGACUCCACCCCAUUUGUGUCCCCAAGAAACACCAUCAUCAGAGUUGAUGUUGACAAACCUGAAACACUUGAGGACGAACCAAUUUAUGAAGAGUUUCAGGAUGUCAAGGAAAAUGCAUAUGAAGCAAUAAAUGUCACACGUACCCAUGUGACAGCUACUGCUACUGCUAAUCUUAUACCUCAGGCCAAGAAACCAGAGCCACCACCUCCUCUAACCAAGAAACCGCAGUGUCCUUCCCCUCUAAACAAAAAACCCGAACUUCCACCUCCUCUCAACAAGAAACCAGAACUCAAACCAAAACCAAAAUUCAUCAAGAUGGUGGAACCAAACCAACAGCAACCAAAGCGAGUGAAAGCUCUCCACAACUUCAAAGGCACCAACAAUGACGAGUUGUGCUUUUCGAAGGGUGAUAUCGUAACUGUCACCCAGACCAUGGAAGGAGGCUGGUGGGAAGGAACAUUGAACGGAAAAACAGGAUGGUUCCCUAGCAACUAUACCAAGGAGGUGAAAGGAGAAUUGAUGGGUGUGUUACGACAGUCUGCCACGCCCAAAGGAUCAGCGGAGGUACCAGUGUUUAAACGAGAGAGUAUGCCCUACUACCAUAAUGUGGUGCUUCAGAAUGUGAUAGACACAGAGAAGACACAUGUACAGGAAAUGACAAUGGUGCUGCAGACAUAUAUACAACCUAUACAGGGCUCAAACAUAUUAUCGCCUACAGAAUAUUUACAAUUAGUUGGAAACCUCGAAGAAAUUGUUGCAUUCCAAAAUAAUUUUCUCAACUCCUUAGAAGAAUGUGCAAAAUGUACACCCCAUCAGCGAAGAGUAGGAGGGGCAUUUAUGAAGCAUGCCCCGCGACUUAAGGAACUAUACCUGGCCUACUGUGCGAACCACCCUCGCGCUGUGGCCAUCCUCCAGAAUAAACGGGAAGAGCUGAGUAAAUUCAUGGAGAGUAUAGGAGCCACUAACGCAGCCAUGGCGCUGACAACUAAUUUAUACAAACCGUUCACACGCCUCGACAAAUACCCAAGCCUACUCAAGGAACUGGAACGCCAUGUGGAGGAAAGUCACGUUGAUCGUGGAGAUACACAGAGGGCAAUAGCUGUAUACAGAGAUAUAGCUAAUGCAUGCAUGGAUGUAAGGAAGUUAAAGGAAAUGGAGUACGAAAUACUAACAAGUGCAAUAAAAGGCUGGGAGGGGGAGGAGAUGACCAAGCUCGGAGAAGUCGUACAUCUUUCACAUGUCCAGGUGGAGACUCUUGCUGGAGAUAAGUGUGACCGCAUCUUUGUCCUUUUUCCCAGUGUCCUGGUCAUGUUGUCCAUGAGUCCGCGACUUAGUGGGUACCAAUAUGAGGGCUCCCUUCCACUCAGUGGUAUGAGCAUAUGUCUAUGUGAAGAGGAAGGAGAGAAUCAAGAAUCAAAUAGCUUUGAAAUAUCAGGGAAUAUGAUAGAAGAGAUUAUUGUUACCUGUGGGACAAAGACAGAAGCUACCUCAUGGGUGGAAGCUCUCAAACAGCAAGUCAGUCUGUCGCUUACAUCAGGGACCACAAAACCACAGAGUUUACAGAUAUCUACGUCUCAGCCAAGUAUCAGUCAACUGACUCAGGCCAAGACGGCCAAGAUGACCCAUUCCACGUGGAGCACUUCAUGUUUACGGCCUUCCCCACCCCUCCGCCAACACCUCAUCUGUAAAGAAGAGGCAAUCCGCAGUCCACGGAUGGGCCGAAAACCUGUUCGUCGGAAACCUGUUCGGACACACUCUCAGGAUGAGUAUGACUACAAAUGCAAAUGGAGACAGUAUGACCCGCGUACCAUGGAAGAAGACGCUGUUAUACUUAAGGUGAUAGAAGCCUACUGUACUAGUGCUAAAACAAGACACACUGUGAAUUCUUCAUUGGCAAAGGAAAAAUUUAGUCUGGUGCGACCACUUCCUAACCCUAACCUCAGUCCCAUUACCGAAUCAUCACAGGACAGUCCCUCACCAGCCAUACCAAAAGAGUCCAUUAACGUGGUGAAGCCCAUGUUGCCGGACGCAAGCCCAGGCGUCCGACGUGACGUCGGUACCCAAGCUUUGCUCACCAGUCCCCAUGUAUUGAUAGCCGAGGAGGAGAAGAUCAUCGUGGACGAAGGCGACCCCUCCACCAUCCAGGAAAAAACCCUUGUAGACACAGUAUACUCCUUACGGGACCAAGUGAAGAACCUUGAGCAAGAGCAAAAGAAGAUAAAGAGGGAACUUGAAGAGGAAACAAAAGCACGAAAACGACUAGAGACAAAAUUUCACAAAGCAUUAAAAAAUCGUACGGAUUUACCGUGGGACGAGAACAUGACAUAGAGAGUAGAAUUUAAUAUAAUGUAUUUAUAUAAAUCCAUGGUAGAAUAUUUAUCUUCAUUCAUGUCCUCUGUGUUGGAAUAUAGUCAGAAUCACAAUAAUAGGUCACAGCAACAAUUUAUCAAGUGCCAACAUCGUACUGUGUUUCUUACGAUCAUUAAACAAUGGCGGCCAUAUGCUGGAUCACCCCUAAAGUGUCCUGAAGGGGAAAUCACCCCAAAGAUAUAAUGGAGAGGAAAUUCCUGAAGUGGGAAUUAUAACGUGUCUGAAGGGGAAAUCAUCCAAGUGUCUUUGUGGGAAAUUCUUCCCUAAAGUGUCUUAGAGGGAAAUUCUUCCUUAAAGUGUCUUAGAGGGGAAUUCUUCCUGAAGUGUUUGAACAGUAAUAUGUAACAGCCACAGUAAUCAUCACUUACAAAUGAUAAAGUCAUUCUCACAGGAAAAUUUUAUCAUCAGUUAGGAAACUGUUACACAAAGUUUACUACUAAUGACGUGAAAUGUUUAAAAAGUCUGUCUUAAAUGUUAUAACAGACAGGUGAUGGUGAACUUCAUUUCUGUGAUUUGUGUAAAUCAAAUUUGAGUCAACUGUAUUGUAUUAGGUCCUGCAUUCAUCAAUCUUAGCAUGUUAUUUACACGUUUUCAAGGGAGGUAACUCUUCAUUCUGCAAUGGUGUCUAGGAAAACUCAGGAAGUGAACCAAAGAGUUUGUUUGGUACAUCACAGUCGUGAUAUUCCUCACUGCUUUAAAAAUAAACCAUUGGUAUAAUUGUUUGAUAUAUGCUGAGAGUGAUUUUUAAUGUUAGGCUGUGAUUUCUUAAUCCUUGAACAAUAUAUUGUGGAAUAAUUUGUACACCAAACAAAUAUAUAUAUAUAUACAAACACGUGUAAAGUUCCUUACAUAUGCAGUUAGCCCACCUCCCAUCAACUUACAUUGAAUAAAGAAGUAUUAUUAUAUGAGAAGGAUUGAGGUCUGAAGUUUUAUAACAUUGUUAGGUCAACAUGAAUAAAAAAGAAAUGAUUGUUAUGUUUUGAAGUGAGAUUUGAGGACUAAGUGUUACUGAAUAUACCAGUCCACUACCAUUUCACCAUCUUUUUCUACAGUAAAUAUUAAGUGGAGCAAAAAGUGUAUUUUUUUGGGGUGUUUUUUUUGGAGGGAUAGAGUAUGCCCAUAUUUAAAUGCUAAUACAGUGUCACGUUAUCCCCACUAUACACAACAAAGAUAUUGUCAGAAAUCAUUUUCACAAUUUCUUCAGUAUAUUUCAUGUUGAAAUAUUUAUUCCAAAAUUUUGCAUUGGUAGCUUUGAAACUUGAUAGAAAAAGUUUCAGAAAUUGGUUAUCCCAUAUCAAAGGGGAGAUAGCCGAUGAGUAUUUAGAAUUCAUUUUGUAAACUUUGACACAUUUUUGACCAUAUCAAACAGUAACUUGUCCAUUCUCUACAAGUCUGCAUGUAUUGAAGUUCGCAAUGAUAAUGAUGUCCGGUGUCAUCUUUAAAGUCACCAUGUGUUCAAAAAGCUCAAUUGUUUACCGUCCUAAAAACUCUACAGAUAACAAAGUGUAGAUCAGAAACAACAGAUUAUGGGGUAGCUGUAAUCAUGUUUCACAAAUUGUGAUUAAAUUGUCCACUUAACAGUUCUGUUAGAGUGUAGUGAUACAUUAUUAUGAUUCCUGUCCACAAAAGAGUCAUCCUCGGAACAUUUUGAGUAACAUCAUCUGAAAAGUAAAUAAAUUUUUUUAUCUGAUAUUAAAAAGGGCAUUUUUUGUCAUUGAUUAUUGCCUGACUGAGCAAGCGUUGUUAUCAUGUUCCUAGUAAUCCAUAUCAUAUGAAACUUGUAGAGAUUUAGCAUGUGAACAUAAGUGAAUGGCGCAUAAUAAUCUGUUUUAAGUUUUGACGAUUGAAUAAAUUUUCAAAUGAAACUUUGGUUGCAGAAAACCACCGUUUUGAUUUUGAAAAAAUCAACAAUUUCAGCAAAUCAUUUAACGGAUGAACAUAAUUGAGUGGCAAAAAAUGAAAAGGUUGAAUGUUGUAUCAGUAAUCUUGUGAUAUGCCAAGGUACUUACAGCUUAAUGAAACCAUUUUGGUGUAUUGAUGACAUCCUUGCUGUAGAAUGGUACAUGCUGUUAGUAAAGCUGUCUCGUGUUAUGUCAUAUUCAGUUCUCUCUAAAUUGUCAUUUACUUUCUCAUGGGACCAGACUCAAAGUUGUCUUGGGUAUGUAGUCGCACAUUAAAAUAAUUUACAGGUAAUUGACCGAAACUAAUCAGGGAAUCUGUUUUUGUUGUUCACAGAAUCAGCAUAUCAUGAAUUCAUCAAAUUUGUUAAAUUGAUUAAAGAUUAAACAUAUUGUACACAAGGUCUCUCCAGAACUAUUGCCCCAGAUGCACAAAAUGACAGAAGUCUAAAUUGCCUAUGUUAGUUUUCCUUUUGUAUAUCUUUGAUUCUGCAGAUAAAUCAGUAUUUAAAUGUUGGUAAUUACACUGUAUGUGGAUUAGUAUAUAAAAUUUAAUGUUGAAAUGUUGGAAGAGUCUAAAUUUUUUUCAUGAACCUAUGCAUAGUUUUGUUUAAAUUUGUUGAUAAAAUCUUUGUUUUGUCAGGCGUAUUAUUAUUACACAUGAGAAAACAUGGUAUGCUGAUAAUUUACAACCAUGUCAAGGACUGCUGUUUCUUUGUAAAUCAACAGACCAUGAAUGAUUUCUUGAUACUGUGGAGAUAAUUCUGUUGUACUGAGGGAGUUCUUUCUACUGUAUUGUGAAGAAUACUUCCUGGUAUAAUGGUGUUUUCUCUCAGUAUCCUGAAGUCAUUAUCUAUAGUGUUACAGAAAUAACUCCAGUGUUUUACUUAUUUAAUGUCUCAGUUCUGUUGUAGAAAUAUAAAAUGAUAAAAUUAAUUUGAAUGAAUUAUGAUGUAAUAAAAUUUAAAAAUCAAAAUAA